AUGGAAAAGCUGUAUGUCCCCAUAGAGCAAGUACGUUCCAUAACUGACCAGAUGUUGGCCAGUCUAGAGGAGAAACUCUCGCGAACGCUUCCAGCUCCCUCAGGCGAAAGCGACACAGUACGACGCGAGGUCCAAUUGGGGAUCCAGGCGUACCUGGACGACAUGCUCAACGGGGUAUCGUCGUCUGUUGUCAUUGACAACGUUGACAUGGACGGACGCGAGUUGCGUGAUAUAAUUGCAGAAUCGCAGAGCCGAUACUUGGAGCCCUUCGACAUCGCUUUGAACGAGCGGUUACGGGAGAAAUACAAGCAGUGGGAGGACCACUCCAUUGCCGUGUCGCGUCUGCGCCGAGACGCUCCUGCCCACAUCAACGGCAUCUACUCUGCGGGCAUGGGAGCGUACCUGGCCGACGUGGACCGCCGCCUCGAAGAGCUGGAGACCGCGCAAGAGCCCCAGCGGGAGCCCGACCCCGGGGAACCGAGCAUGCCCGACGCCCCACAGCAGCUCGCCGAGAGCAUCGUGCAGCUGAAACAGUCGCUGGACGCCCUGGCGACCGUCAGAGGCGCCCAGCACCAGCUGCAGCGGCUGGCCCGCACCGGCACUGGUAGCGCCGCCGCCGCCGCCAGUUUCCCGACAGGUGAACGCACCGCGCACCGCGCGCCGGCCGCAACGGGAAAUUGA